CAGGCCCCGCCCCGGCCCGGCUCGGGCGGCCGGAGGACCCGGAGCGGAGGCGCCGAGCCCGCGGCGGCGGCGGCGGGGACGAUGUGGUUCUUCGCCCGGGACCCGGUCCGGGACUUCCCGUUCGAGCUCAGCCCGGAACCUCCGGAGGGCGGCCCGCCGGGGCCGUGGGUCCUGCACCGCGGCCGCAAGAAGGCCACAGGCAGCCCCGUGUCCAUCUUCGUGUACGACGUGAAGCCGGGGGCCGAGGAGCAGACCCAGGUGGCCAAAGCUGCCUUCAAGCGCCUCAAGACUCUGCGACACCCCAACAUUCUGGCCUACAUCGAUGGGCUGGAGACAGACAAAUGCCUCCACGUGGUGACAGAGGCUGUGACCCCGCUGGGAACCUACCUCAAGACCCGCGCAGAGUCGGGGGGCGUGAAGGAGCUGGAGCUCUCCUGGGGGCUGCACCAGAUCGUGAAAGCGCUGAGCUUCCUGGUCAACGACUGUGGCCUCAUCCACAACAACGUCUGCAUGGCCGCUGUGUUCGUGGACCGGGCGGGCGAGUGGAAGCUCGGGGGGCUGGACUACAUGUACUCGGCCCAGGGCACCGAUGGCCCCCCCCGCAAGGGCAUCUCUGAGCUGGAGCAGUACGACCCCCCCGAGAUGGCCGACAGCGGGGGCCGGGCUGUCAAAGAAAAGUGGUCGGCCGACAUGUGGCGCCUGGGGUGCCUUAUCUGGGAGGUCUUCAAUGGGCCCCUGCCUCGAGCUGCCGCCCUGCGCAACCCCGGGAAGAUCCCCAAAUCGCUGGUGCCCCAUUACUGCGAGCUGGUCGGAGCCAACCCCAAGGUGCGCCCCAACCCAGCCCGCUUCCUGCAGGACUGCCGGGCCCCCGGCAGCUUCAUGAGCAACCGCUUCGUGGAGACCAACCUCUUCCUGGAAGAGAUUCAGAUCAAAGAGCCCGCCGAGAAGCAGAAGUUCUUCCAGGAGCUGAGCAAGAGCCUGGACUCGUUCCCGGAGGACUUCUGCCGCCACAAGGUGCUGCCCCAGCUGCUGACCGCCUUCGAAUUUGGCAACACUGGGGCCGUCGUCCUCACGCCCCUCUUCAAGGUGGGCAAGUUCCUCAGCGCGGAGGAGUACCAGCAGAAGAUGAUCCCGGUGGUGGUGAAGAUGUUCUCGUCCACCGACCGCGCCAUGCGCAUCCGCCUCCUCCAGCAGAUGGAGCAGUUCAUCCAGUACCUGGACGAGCCGACCGUCAACUCCCAGAUCUUCCCGCACGUGGUGCACGGCUUCCUGGACACCAACCCGGCCAUCCGGGAGCAGACGGUCAAGUCCAUGCUGCUCCUGGCCCCCAAGCUGAACGAGACCAACCUCAACGUGGAGCUCAUGAAGCACUUCGCACGGCUGCAGGCCAAGGACGAGCAGGGCCCCAUCCGCUGCAACACCACCGUGUGCCUGGGCAAGAUCGGCUCCUACCUGAGCGCCAGCACCAGGCACAGGGUCCUCACCUCUGCCUUCAGCCGGGCCACCAAGGACCCGUUCGCCCCCUCCCGGGUGGCGGGCGUCCUGGGCUUCGCCGCCACCCACAACCUCUACUCCAUGAGCGACUGUGCCCACAAAAUCCUGCCUGUGCUCUGUGGCCUCACGGUGGACCCCGAGAAAUCUGUGCGGGAUCAGGCCUUCAAGGCCAUUCGAAGCUUCUUGUCCAAAUUAGAGUCUGUGUCCGAAGACCCAUCCCAGCUGGCUGAAGCCGAGAAGGACGUGCACGCGGCUUCCAGCCCCGGUGUGGGGGGCGCCGCCGCCACCUGGGCCGGCUGGGCCGUGACCGGGGUCUCUUCACUCACCUCCAAGCUUAUCCGUGCGAACCCCACUGCUGCCCCUGCUGAGACCCCCGCUGCUCAGAGACCCCCACCCGAGGGCCUCCCCGCCCCCGCCCCUGCCUCCACCCCUGUUCCAUCCACACCGAUGCCCUCAAGCCGCUGGGAAUCCCAAGAGGAGGACAAGGACCCGGCUGAGGACGGCAGUGCCGCCGACAGAUGGGACGAUGAGGACUGGGGCAGCCUGGAGCAGGAGGCCGAGUCUGUGCUGGCUCAGGACAACUGGAGCGGCGGGGGCCAGGCCAGCCGGGCUGGGCAGACCAGCAAUGCAGACCACGCCAAGUCCCCGGAGUCGGACUGGAACAGCUGGGAAGCCGAGGGCUCUUGGGAGAAGGGCUGGCAGGAGCGGCCAAGCCCCCAGGAGCCGCCCCCUGAGGGCACUCGGCUGGCCAGCGAGUAUAACUGGGGCAACCCUGAGCCCAGCGACAAGGGCGAUGAUCCCUUUGCCACCCUGUCGGCGCGCAGGGAGACUGGUGGCCGGCCGCGGCGGGACUCCUGGGGUGACGACAACUGGGAGGGCCUAGAGACCGACAGCCGGCAGACCAAAGCAGAACUGGCCCGAAAGAAGCGGGAGGAGCGUCGCAGGGAGCUGGAGGCCAGGCGGGCGGAGAAGAAGGCCGCGAAGGGCCCCAUGAAGCUGGGGACUCGGAAGUUGGACUGAACCACUGGUGUGGGCGCUUCCGGCUGCAUGGAGCAGGCCGGCAGAUGUAUUUAUUGUACAAACCAUGUCCAGGUGCAUCUCAUGUGUACAUAAUCAGAGCCACAAUAAAUUCUAUUUCACACCCGC